AUGUUCCUGCGUAUACUAAUGAGUCCGCUAGAUCAACAUUGUCAGCGGAUUAUUUGGUGUGAGCAGGAUGGUACGAUUGCAGAAUAUGUUGUAACCGUAAUGACGUUUGGCGCUAAAUGCUCGCCGAGCUGCGCGCAGUUCGUCAUCAAUGAGAAUGCAGCACGAUUCACAGCUCAAUUUCCAGAAGCCGUUGAAGCCAUUAGGAAAUGUCAUUAUGUCGAUGACAUGUUGGUAAGCGUCGACACCGAAGAGGAAGCGAUAAAACUGUCAAAGGACAUCCAGCACAUCCAUCUGCAGGGUGGAUCCACUAUGAGAAACUGGAUUUCAAAUUCUCCUGCUGUUUUACAAGCGCUCGGAGAGCCAGGACAGGUGGAGAAGAAUUUAGGUGUGGACAAUGAGGCAGUACUGGAGAAGAUUCUUGGAAUGUGGUGGGACACCAGGACCGACACCUUUCGAUACAAACUCUCCACUCAACGAAAUCAAGAACUUCUAUCCGGCAGUAAGCAUCCCACCAAACGAGAUGUACUGCGUGUACUGAUGUCAGUAUAUGAUCCCCUCGGCUUGAUAUCACAUUACAUGAUAUAUCUGAAGCUGCUCUUCCAAGAAAUUUGGAGGAUGGGAUCAUCAUGGGAUGACGAAAUUGGCGAAAACCAGCUGAUAAAAUGGAAUAAUUGGCUACAGCUCCUACCGGAGGUUGAAUCUGUGCGGAUUCCACGUUGCUAUCACCUGUCCCCCUCACGGGGUAGGCUUCGUACGAUCGAGCUGCAUACGUUCGUGGAUGCCAGUGAACUUGGAUACGCAGCAGUUUGUUACUUCCGAUUUAUUGAAGGAGAUAGAAUUUCGUGUUCACUAGUCGGAUCGAAAAGCAGAGUUGCACCGAUCAAGUUUGUAUCGAUCCCACGACUUGAGCUUCAGGCAGCGGUGAUUGGCACUCGUUUAGCGAGAAGCAUCGAAGAAGGACAUUCAAUCAGGGUUGAUCGACGAGUUUUUUGGACAGAUGCCCGUGACGUAAUCUGUUGGCUUAAGUCGGAUCAUCGAAAAUAUUCCCAGUUCGUUGCAUUUCGUGUUGGGGAGAUUUUGGAAGUCACGAAUAUAGAAGAAUGGAGGUGGAUUCGUGGAAAAAUCAACGUUGCCGACGAAGGUACGAAAUGGGAUGGUACACCAAAUUUCGACGUCAACUGCCGCUGGUUUGCGGGACCGCCUUUUCUGUCAAAAUCUACAUCGGAUUGGCCGAAAGCAUUGAUCAACGAAGACACAGUAGAGGAGCUCCGGCCACGAUUGCUGCACCAUCACGCUCAGGUGGCCGAUGAUAUUCUGCGACCGGAUGAUCAUUCCAACUGGACUCGUUUACUGCGACUUACGGCUCUAGUGCAGCGAUUUCCAAACAACAUCAAACGAAAACGUACGAAUGAAGGGCUUCUUCUUGGACCAUUGACCAGCGAAGAGCUAUUAGCGGCAAGUAAUUAUCUCUAUAAGCGAGCUCAAUGGGAUUGCUACCAGGAUGAAAUGUCGAUGUUGUCAGCGGGUAGAACCAAUUUACCGAAAACCAGUUCUUUAUAUAAAGUUAGUCCAUACAUCGAUAGAGCGGGCGUCAUGCGCAUACGCGGACGUAUCGACAUUUGCGACUUCGCUAAUGAGAAUACACAGUUCCCGAUUGCACUACCACGACAACACCCACUCACUAAAUUAGUGCUCCAGGAUGUCCAUGAAAAAUAUCAUCAUCAGUGCAAUGAAACGUUCGUCAAUGAGGUGCGGAGAAAAUUCAAUAUUUCUAGAGUUCGUGUGGAAUGUGACAGAGUCCGCAGAAAGUGUGUCCGUUGCAAAAUUCGUCUAGCUAAACCUGAUCCUCCUAUGAUGGCUAACCUCCCGAAAGAGCGACUAGCAGCCUUUGUUCGACCCUUCUCUUAUGUAGGGGUUGAUUAUUUUGGCCCAUAUCAGGUCACCGUUGGUCGGCGUAUGGAAAAGCGAUAUGGAGUAUUAAUUACGUGCUUGACCACGCGGGCAAUCCAUAUCGAGCUAGCCUCCUCUCUCUCCACGGAUUCGUGCAUAAUGGCUCUCCGUAACUGCUUCUCCAGACGGGGAACACCAGUGCAAAUAAUAAGCGAUCGAGGCACCAACUUCGUGGGAGCAUCGAAAGAGCUCAAAGCGGCAUUGGCUCAAGUUGAGAUAAACAAGCUGAUGAAAGAGUUUACUACUGCGUCUACUUCGUGGAUCUUCAAUCCACCCGCGUCCCCACAUAUGGGCGGGAUAUGGGAGAGAAUGAUUCAAACGAUUAAAAAAAUUCUAGAAGAAAUAAAACCGAGACGUCUACCAACCGACGAAGUCCUCAGGAACCUUAUGAUCGAAAUCGAAAACAUCGUGAAUAGCCGACCGUUGACUCAUGUUCCCGUCGAUGACGAAUCGUCUCCCGCGUUAACGCCGAACCACUUCUUGGUCGGAUCCUCGAAUGGCUCUAAACCUCUAGUGCCAUACGAUGAUGGCGCUUUGGUCAUGCGGCAGUCCUGGAAAACGUCCCAACUACUCGCCAAUUAUUUCUGGAAGCGCUGGGUCCUUGAGUACACUCCAGUGAUUACUCGCAGAGCAAAGUGGUUCCGCCCAGCAAAACCAAUUAAGAUCGGGGAUAUAGUUAUUGUCGUCGAUUCCAGCUUUCCGAGAAAUUGUUGGCCUAAGGGCAGAAUCAUCGCAGUAAAAGCUUCGAAAGACGGACAGGUCCGUUCAGCGACGGUUCAGACGGAGUCCGGAAUCUACGAGAGACCUGCGGUUAAACUGGCGGUGCUGGACAUCGGGGCAAACAAGGGUAUGCUGGAACAGGCUCCAGCUACUGGGGGGGACUGUUACGAACGCCCCUUGUCAGCGAGCACACCUCUAGAACAUCACCAUGAUUGA